AUGGAUAAACCAAGUCUUCUUUACGUCGAAAAAACUUCGAAUUUUUUGCGACGAAAAGAUCGAAGUAUAUUUCUCGUAUUUCUUGUCUUUAUCAUUUUCACUGCCUUUUCUUGGAGCUUUGGAGCUGAUAAAAAAUGCACAUUGAAAAAUUUGAGUGCUCACGAGUUGUAUAAAAUUCGAGAAAGUGCGCUGGAAUAUCAGGGAGUUCUGAAAUCCAGUGAUGGAAUCGGAUAUGUUUUCAAUAAUCAAGAUCAGAAGGAUUUUGAGCCUUAUCCAAUUUUUGAAGAGCUUGGGAAAUUGCCAAAAUGUGAAAAUUCGGAUAAAUCAUCAAAUUUUGACCCGAAAGCUCUGCUCCAAGCUUUUCAUAGUUGUAUUGAUCCAAUUUUUGAGGAUGAGUUGGAAAAUUUGAAUACCUCCGAAUUUUCCUGGAAUUUCUGUGCGGCCACGAAAAAAUGCGAUAAUCUGACGGAAUUUAAAGAUCUACCGAUUAAAGGGUUCAGAAAUCAACACGAGAUCAAAUGGGCAAUUUUGCCGAAUUGUGUGAGUUUCUUUUGCCAAACCUGAUUUUAAGAUAGAUUUUCAGAUGGAGGAAAAUGUGAUGGUUACCUUGGGAAUUGGACAUGAUGUGGAUGCGGAGAUUCGAUUGAAUAGGGUAGGCUGUUUUUGACACGUGGCAGAGGUUUGGAUUUUUCGGAUUCACGAGAUACUUCACUGAAUUUUUGGAAUUUGAAAAAAAUUAAUUAACUUUCUGAAACAGUGAAUUUUUAUUUAAGAAAAUUAUUUUUAGAAAUUGAAGAAUUUUUGCCACGUGGCAGAUUUUAAAUGAAACAUUGAAGCAGUAGAUUAGGUUUUAGCGCUGAUGAGACCUUUUAACAAAAAGUUCAAAUUCAAAAAUAUUCAAUUCAUUUUUUGAAACAGUGAAUUUAUUAUUCAGAAUAUAGAAAUAAGUUAGCAAGUUUCCUAAAACCAACAAAAAAGUUCAUAAAUUUUUUGAAACAGUGAAUUUUUCGAAAUUGAAAAAUUUUUGCCAUGUGGAAGAUUAUUUUCACAUGUUUUUUUGAACCAGAAAAUGUUUCAAUAGAAGAUUUUUUGACACGUGGCAAGAAAUUCAAAUUUUGUUGGAGAGAUUUCUAAACCCUCAUACCUAAUAAAUUUGUUGGUUCUAAUAACUUUUAAUUCAUUUUUUGAAACAGUGAAUUUUUUAUUCAGAAAAUAACAAUAAGAUAAUUUUUUCCCAAGUCGAGCAAAUUUCAAAAAAUUGAAAAAUACUUGAUGAAUUUUUGAAACAGUAUUUUUUUCUGGAAAUUUUGAAGUUGUAGGUUUUUUCUACGUUGUAAAUUUUUUUAUUUACAUGUAUUUAUUCUACACAAUGGUAAUAGAAAAGCUUCAUAAUUGAAGAAAAAUUUGAGCGCAUUUUUGAAACAGUGCUUUUUUCUUACAGUACAACUAACUUAAAGCAAUAUUAUUUUUGAACUAUGUAGAAAAUUCUUUAUAAUUCUCAUGAAACAGUGAUUUUCUCUUUGGAAAAAAUGUGUCUCGUUUCAUAUUUUUGAGAGUAGAAAAUGUUAUUUAUGGAUGAGACUCACCCUAUCAAACCCUUCGAGAAACUGAAAAAUCUGUAUGAAGUUUUGAAACAGUGAUUUUUUUAAAAAUCAAAUUUCUGAAAUGAAUGAUGACAUCUACUGAUUAAUCUGGAAUUUUUCUAAUGAGACUUUUGAAACAGUGAAUUUUUUCAGUAAUUUUUUGCAGCAAAUUUUUAGUGGGAGAAAUAUUCAACCAACUGAGAGAAUAGAAAAUAACUUUUUUGAAUUUAGCAAAUUUUCAUAGAUUUUUUCAAACAGUGAAUUUUUUUAAUAAACAAAAAUAAUUUUCCAAAAUUUUCCAAAAAUAUUCCUCCCGUGAAACACUUUUCCGAAACCGAAUAAAAUAUUCCAAAUCAAAAAUUUUUCAUCGAUUUUUUGAAACAGUACAUUUUUCCAUUGGAAAACAAUAUUUUGCCACGUAUAAUUUCAGCUAUUUAAAACACAUUUCCAGACUCUCCCAAACACAAAAUUCUACGGAGCCGAUCCAGUAAUCGAGCCAAAUCUUCAACUAUACUCUAGUUUUGGCAAAUUUUUCCCGUUUGCAGUUGGCCGAGAAGCCGGUGUCACAACUUUUCGAAUUUUACCAAAUCAGAAUCAAAGAACUCGUGAGUCCCUUUUCUCUCCAAAUAAAAAAUCAAUAAUUUUUUGACCAGGAAAAUAUUUCAACCAAGAUGUGACAACUGUAGAUGUCACAUAUUUUUUGAAAAAUAUUUUGAAGUUAUCGAAAAUCGAUUUUCUUUGGCUGGAUAUUGAGGGAGGCGAGACGUUUUUCUUAGACUUUUUUCAUCGAGGAAAUCAAUUUGAUUUGGCGGGAAUUUCGAUUUGUCAAUUCAAUAUUGAGGUGAAUCUAGUGUCAUUUGAAAAUUUACAAUUCAAAUUCAAAAUAUUCAGCUUCACCCAGUUUUGUGGAAAGGCGGAUAUCAGCGAGUUUAUGAUUUUUUGACGCAAAUUCGAAAAGAGAAUCGAUUUAUUUUCCUGAAGCCGAUGAAAACUGAAAAAGGAAUUUUCAGAUUGUUUUUUAUUAAUGUCGAGGAUCCGAAAUGUGUUAGAAAAUUUUUGUGAAUAAAAAAUUUGCUGUUUCAAAAAACAUAUUAUUUUUAAAGAGGGUUAGAAGUUUUCGUUAUGCGUUCCAUUGAAAUUUUUUUAGAAAAAUUUACUGUUUCAAAAAUUUUUGAAAAGGUUUGAAGUUUAUCAAACUUUGAUUUUUUUUUACACCUCACAUCAAAGUUUCAAGAAAGAACAAAAAAUUGUUUAAAAUGUUUCACUGUUUCAAAAAAACCACAUGUUUUUUAUUUUUUCUUGGAACUUUGAUUGUAUCACAAGGUUACAGCAAAUAUUAUAUUUUUAUCUAAAAAUGAAAAUUUUUGUGAAUAAAAAAUUUACUGUUUCAAAAAAAUCAUAAAUUUUUGGGAGAUUUUUAAGUUUUGAUGGGUGCGGGUGGGUGAACGAUUGUUCUAAUAUUUGAAAAAUCCACUGUUUCAGAAAUUUAUUGAAUAUUUUUCCUAAAUUAGUUUUGUGCUCGAAAAAUUACUGACAUUUUUCUGCUGUUUCAAAAUUUCUUUCAAUUCUGGAGAGUAUUAAAGUGAUUUGUUAGACAGACAACAAACUCUUUCUUCCAAAUGUUGUUCAAUGAUUAAUACAAAAUUGAAUUUUAAAAUUUUAACUGUUUCAAAAAUUUAUUAACAGUGUUAAUAAUAUUGUUUGUUGAUAAAUAGCUUACGAUCUCAAACUUUGAAAAAUCAAAAAUCUACUGUUUCUAAAAUUUCGUAAAUAUUUUUCAAUAAUUUUCAAAAGUGAUAAAUGAGUUCGCAUACUACUAACAAUUAAAAAUUACUGUUUCGUUUCAAAAAUCUGCUUUCCAGACAUCCUCGAAUCAAUUCACUGGAUCCACUGCGAAAUCCACAACUUUGGCGGCAAUCCAAAACUCCUUACCCUCGCUGGUCAUAGUGGUGGUGGAACUCUAGCCAAUGCAAUCACCUCAUCUCCACAAUCACGUGGUUUAAUAGCUCAGCAAAUGAUAAUGAGUGCUCCAGAUGGCACAAAAACUAGAUCGUCAAACUCGAAAAUCUUGAAAACUAUUGGAAAACGUUUCACUUUUUGUGAGAACUUCGAAUGUUUGCGGAAUAUUUCAGCGCAAGAAUUAUUAGAUGCUCAACUAGACAUCUAUAAAUUCGGCAGGAAUUUUAUCACCGAACCACAUGUGGAUGGCGAAUUUAUCAUUGAUUACAAUGAUAUUCUGAUGAGUUCCGAGAACUUUCAAAAAAUCCCAACAAUUAUUGGAACUGUGACUGGUGAAAUGAGUGAAUCAAUUUAUUCGCAAGACGAGAAUGGGGUGGCAAAUUUAACACGAGUUCGAGAACUUUGUGAACAUUUUGCAUAUCGAAAUGGCUACAGUAACCCGGAGAUUUUGGCGGGAAAAUGUGCGAAAAGAUUUGGAGAACUUGUUCGCCCACAAUUCUUUUCAGAUGAAAUUGAAUUUUUCAUGCCGGCCCGAAGAACUGCGCAAGCUCACGAGUCAUCCAAAAACGUACUGAUGUAUUCCUACAAGUAUUCAGGAGCUGGUGAAGUUUUCAAUAAAUAUAUGGCAAAUACUCCAGCACCAAUGCAUUCUGAAGAUUUGGUUUAUGUUUUUGGAACUCAUAGAAAAUCGGAAAAAAUGAAGAUGAAAGAUUAUUUGAUUGAAAAAGUUUAUAGUGGAAUAUUUGCGGAUUUUGUGAAUUUCAAAAAACCUUUGGAAAAUGAAAAUGAGAAUUGGGAAAUAUUUGAGGAGAAUAAUGGUGCACGGUAUUUUGAGAUUGAUUUUGAUGAAAAUGGAAAAUUGAUUGGAAAUGGUAUGAGAAAUGGAUAUUAUCAAGAUGCACAUAAAUUUUGGAAUGAGGAUGUGAAAAAGUGAGGAUUUUUGGGGAAGAGGCUUCAAAGGGAAUUUUUGCUUGUAAAAAUGCUCAAAAAUCUCGGUGAAAAAUUCAAAAAAAUUGAUAAUAUAAUUUUGAAACAGUGAAAUUUUUUUCAUUAAAAAACAUUGAUGUUCUGGUUAUGAGGAACUUUCCCGGUUUUAUAAUAUUUGAGAAAGUCCUAGAAAAAUUAUGAAAUAAUUCUGAAACAGUUGAUUUUUUGAACAGCAAAAAAUAGAUGAACUUUGAUUAAAAUUUAGAGAAAAGUGAUAUAUUAAUUUUGAAACAGUGAUAUUUUUUGACUAGGAAUGAUAUUUUGAGCUUUUGCACUAAUAUAACAUGGGAGCGUUUUGUAUAAUUCUAGAAAGUUUAUGCAAUAAUUUUGAAACAGUGAAUUUUUAUGAAACAAAAAACAGUAAAAAUAUUAAUAAAUUGUUAUCAAUUCGAAAAUCCAAGAAACUAAUUUUGAAACAGUGAUUUUUGUUGAGUUUUCAGAAUUAAAAAUUAAUUUUUUCUGAGGUACUAGUGAUUUUUUUUAGAACGAAUAGAAUCAUGAUAUACAAAUCUUGGAGGUGAAUCCGAGAAAAUUAAUUAAAUAAUUUUGAAACAGUGGAUUUUUGAAAAUAAAAAAUGCUAAAAAUAGGAAGUCUGAAAAUAGAAAAUAAAAAGUCUCGAAAAAAAUUCAUUAAAAAAUUUCCGUUGGGAAAAUGGAAACAAAAAUAUAAUCCCGAUGAAAAAUUCAAAAAAUUUACGAAGUAAUUUUGAAACAGUGAAUUUUCUUUGAAUAAAAAAUGCUCUGAAAAAAUUCUAAUUUAUAUUUUCACGGGCUGAAACUGAAAAAACACCUCAAAAUCCCUAAUUUUCUUCCAGAAACUUCCCCAAAACUCACAUGGAAAUAUUUCCAAAUUCAACCGAUAGUUUAUCAAUGACAGUUGUAAUUGAACCACUCGAAUCACAUCACACACAAAAAUCAUCAGAUUCAUAUAAAAAUUUGGAGACUAUGCAAUUAUUAUAUCUAGAAGCCGAUGCAUUUUUGGAGGAUUUGAAGUCUGGGAAAAUUUCAGUUUUGGAAGAGGAUUUGGAUCAUAGUCAUCAAUCAAUUCGUGGGUUUUUUAUAGGAUUACUGUCGGUCAAAGAAAAAAAAAAUGAUCUUUGAUCUCAAAUAAUCCACAUUUUCUAAAUUUUCAGAUGUGUUUUUGCUAACAGUUGGUUGCAUUUUGCUAAUUGCAAUUUUAUAUUUGGCAUUUACACAUUGGUUAAUGCAUCGGAAAAGAGAAGGUUAUAUGUUGCUCAAAUGA